UUUUACGAUACCUACAAACUGGUUUACGAUACCACCGGUGCGGCAGAAACGAGUAGACAGAUUAGCACAAGGUGGUUUUUGUAACACAGGUUGUUUUUUUCGUGCGUAAAAAGGUCUUUUUUUUGAUGUUUUUGCUUUACAUGAAUCUUCUAGAAGGUGUAGCGUCAGCUGUAUACUCUAGGAAAAAGGUGACAGCGGUGUUACAUGUGUACUUUUCCUCGGGCAUGGUCAUAUUCAGCUAACGCUAGCAAGCAGCAAUACCUUUUUGCCCUGUUUUUGUAGCUAGUCAGCUGUAGCUGGCAGAGAUCUGUCCGAGCAUCAGUUCUGCCUACCUGACCGUAAACAUGCCUAUCAUACUGACAACUCAGGCUUACUGCAAAAUGCUUCUACAUGCUGCAAAGUAUCCCCACUGCGCCGUGAACGGACUGCUGGUGGCAGAGAAAGUGAAGGAGAAAAAGAAAGAUAGCCACUCUGCCCCGAUCCUGUGCGUGGACUGUGUCCCGCUUUUCCACGGUACGCUGGCUUUGGCACCAAUGCUGGAAGUAGCUCUGACGCUGAUCGAUACCUGGUGUAAAGAAAACAGAUAUGUCAUUGCUGGAUAUUAUCAAGCCAAUGAACGCACGAAGGACUUCAGACCCAAUCAAGUUGCUGAAAAAGUUGCUGCCAGGAUUUCGGAGAACUUCAGUGAAGCUGCAAUUGUGAUGGUGGAUAAUAGCAGGUUGACGAUGAGCUGUUUUGAGCCCAUUGUGCUUAUCUAUGAUCACCAUGAGAACAAGUGGAAAAGCAGAGAUGUUAAUACCGACUGUUUUGAGGACUGGCUUGAGGCACAGAAGAUCACGUCUGCUUUGCUAGAGGGCCGUUCCUACGAGAACCUGAUUGACUUCGACAAUCACCUGGAUGACCUGAGGAAUGACUGGACCAACCCUGUGAUCAACAAGUCCGUGUUGGAUCUGUGCUAAGACUCUGGGUCGGGACUGUCCCGGACACAAAACAAAGAUAUUGCUGCCAAUUCAGCAUGCGUGUCGCUACUUUAAGUGUAGCACAGGAUUACAAAGUGCUGAAUACAACGUCUUUGUUCCAGUAAAAGGCUCUCAUAUUGACGAGAACUUGUGGAGCACUGAUCAGUUUAGGCCAAAAUCUCUCAAGGGCAAGCGCGAUACAUGCACUGUUGGCAUAUGUGUACUCCUCAGUAGAUGAUACUGAGAUAAUUAAGGCAAUUCUGUCUCGGAAUGCAACUUCUUUUUAUUUUAUUUUCUGCAAUGGUUUGUGUUUGUUCUUAGUUGUGUGCAUAAAUUUUACUUCUAGAGAAUUUAAUCUAUUUUUUCCCUCCAUUUUUUUCAGGGCUACAAGCCAUACAGAGAUACUGUUAUAAAUUAUUUAAAGACUUAGGUAUUGAUUGUGUUAAUGAGAUAUGGUUAAGGAGAUGUGUGAAAUUCUUUAAGUCCUUAAUAACAUUGUUAGAUCUUUGGACCCCCCCACAAACACACACACACACACACACACACAGACAGUAUAUAGUGCUGAAGUUGUACAAUUUUGAACAGCUUAAUACUUGUGAGCACAAUUGGGCGUUCAUAAUACUUACUAAGAUGGUCAUUAAAAUUUAGUCUUAUCUGACUUUAUGUCAAAUGCCAUCAUAAGUUCUGCGGAGUUGCAUCAGCAGUGAAUUGGUGACUAACUCAAAGUUUUGGCUUAUGUUAUGAUGAUAAUGCUAACAUUUUUUUUUUUUUUCUGCAGUGGGCCUCCUUUUAUUGUCACUGGUGCCACUUCAGAAAGUCACUGCUGAUCAUAUGUUGGAGUUUUGGCUCAUUUGUUUCUAGCUCUGGGAAAUUUGUUCAUGGAGGCACAUUUAAGGAAUCAGGGUCACAGGAGUAUCUGAAUUCUGUUUUGUUGUGGAUGUUUGCUUUAAGAAUUGGGCAAUAUAUUUAUUCUUGAUUAAUUAAAUCAUAAUGACUAGAUUCUGCUAUUUGAUAGGUAAUAAAUUGAGAUGCUUUAUAUAAAGAUACCGAAAUAACUUUGUAUUUGAGAUUAGAUUUAAUCAGUGAGAGCUAAUUAGUCAAAAUCAUUGUGAGAACUUUUUUUUUUUUUAAUAUAAAAAAAUUGUAUAAACUGAAUGUAUGAUUAAAAAACAGUUUUGACA